AUGAACACCGCUGUGGAUGCGGCUGCCUGGCCGAUCGGGCAAGCUAAUUCAGAUCGCAGUAGCACCAGCAGCGGUUUUCCACUCGCCAUCUGCCUGCACCGGUACCUGCGGUGGCUCGGGCAGCUCCACGGCACCAUCGACGCCGUCAGCGACGAUGCCUACACACUCGACCGUCUUAUUUUUCAAGGGGUGCUUCCGCUCCGUCAGCGUACCGGCAUCGAACCCACCGCGGCGGAAGCGCGAUUGCGCGCCGCUGUUUGCGCGCUGCUCAUCGGAGACGCCGCGGCGCAGUCGGCGCGCCCGCAGGAAAGCAUGUGGGCGACGUCAGCAGCAACGACCGGGGGCGGGUAUAGCGCAGCGAGUCUCAGGAGUGCUGCCUUGUCACCACCAAUGGUGCACACCGAGGCCCCCUCCUGCCCGUGUCGCGUCUACUUUGAGCAGCAGCAGCGAGAAGCGGAGAGUCGUCGUCUUUCGCGCAGUCGGCGAAGCAGCCAAGAAGAGGACGACGAUAAGGAAAGCCACCCCGGGCAUGCGGCCACCAUCAGCAGCGUCAGUGGCAGCGAUGACGAGAGCAAGGAUUGUGCGGUGCACCUCAGUGCAACUAUGACCCAUUUACCGGCCAGGUUGAAGGAUGUCUCACGCGACGCUGAUAACACCGGCAGCAGUGGCGGACUGGCAGGCGCGCUACUCGCACACACGGUGACGCUUGGCUGCAGCGGAGGCGAUUCCAGCCCUCGUGGAGAUGUCGCCGCUUUUGGAAGGAAGGUACGCACCGGCUCGCGACCAUCAGUCGCGCCACCCCAGCCGAUGCCUCUCCUCCUUCCUGUCGCUGCAGCCACGCCUUCUUGCACCGCUUCGGUCGAGCUCGGCAGCGAUGCACCACAGGCGAAUUCUAAUGGAGACGCACAACGCCAUCAGCGCGGUGGCCGCAAAGGCAGUGGCUCCUCUGCUGAUUCGUUUUUUUGGCCGCGCCCCAUGCCCGUUGGCGCUGAAACCCGAGCGCACCGCACUCUCCACCCCAUGCUGGCCCACGUCAGGCCCGAAGAUGUUCGACGCUGCUCGCUCUGCAGCGCGCAGGUGCUGCUCGAGAGCGCGUGGCAUGCUAUAUAUCAGAUGAGCCUACUGACACUGUUGAGCGCUGCCCCCUCCAUGGCCGCUCCGCUGCCGCUGCCACCGCCAGAUGUCCUGCGCAUGCACCCGGCCGAGGCCCUCCUGCUGUUGUACCAGUGCGCUCAACGGUGCUUCGUGUCGGGCAUUAUCAUGGCGACGUCUGUUGGUCUGCCAGCAUCCUCCCUGAGAGGUGGUCCAUCCUCACCGCAGGGAGAUGUGAGCGCGCAGCCGCUAAGUGCACUGGAUGUGCUGCGCGGUGGCCACGGUGGGUGGGCUGCCACCACCGCUUGCUUUUCUGAGCAGCAGCAGCAGUGCCGUACCACUGAAGAGGGUGUGCUCGCAGGGCUUGCAGGCGGCCUGCUUUGCGUAGUGGAAGGCGUCAUCGGCACAGCUGCUCCACAGCUGUGGCCGCGCGCGACCACAGCGGCGCCGGCGAAACGGGCACUGGAGGACAUCAUGGGCGACGCGCUGAGGUUACGCUUUGGGCUCUUCCACACUAUCUUUGUUAUCCUUACCACCGAGAACGGCAGCCACGCGGCACUAGCGAAGCUGGCAACUGUCUGUGGUGAGCUACUAGCGUGUCUGCACCGUCUUACAUUCUGGCACCAGAAGGACCUCGUAUCGUCCGAGUCCUCACCACGCUCCUUCUCGCUGGCGCAGAGGAGCGAUGGUGGCACGCACCUCCCUGAGGGCGAUGGACAGGGGAUGAUAAGCAGCAAGGAAGCCGCGGGGGAGGCCGCUGAAGCUGUGGCUGCGGAAAAGCUGUCGUCAUCAUCAACCUUUGUGGACACCAACCCUAUCGAGGAGGCCCAUGAAGCGCUCAUUCAGGCAUUCGCGCUUCUCGACGUCCCUCACACCACUGCAGGCGGCGUUGGCGACGCCAUCGACGAUAAAGCUAUGACUGUUUUGAUGGAGGAUAUAAGCGUUCUGUGCUGUGUUGCGGCCCUCGUCGGGUCCUUCGCACGGCUGGUCCGCGCGCGCGAGAUGUCAGCGAGUGUAGCUGCCGAUGCAUUUCUGUCCGCAUCGGAACCCGCCUUCUCCUCCUCCUCGCGGUUGUCGUCCUCGCCGCUGCUGCCACUGCAUCAUCACAGCCUCCUCCUCGACUGUCAUGUCUAUCCGUGUCUGCAGCGACUGCAGAGCUCUAUUCGAGGAGACUGCAGUGUGCAAGCGCGCCAUCUUAUCGCUCUGUGGUGGUUGCUGCGUGCAGAAACCGUGCGGCACUGGGUGUGGGCAGCAACGAUCGGGCCGUCUCACGUGCAGGGCUGCAGCACCUUGGACACGGCAGAGGAGUUGCACUCGACAGAGUGCUCCGCGUUGCACGUUUUAGGCGUCGACAUCACAUUGUACGAGGACCUGAAACGCGAGGCGCAGCCGGUUCAAGAGCAGCAGCGUCAGCACUGGCCCCAGUGGCUCAAGGAUGCCUCUCGAGCAGCGGUGCGUGCGAGCGACGUAGCAAAUGAAUUUCUUGGGCUCACCCUCAUCCAGACCUGGUCCUCCGCCUCCUUACCGCUCUUGACGAAGCCGCCGUUGCCGGUAACGUCUGCCGCAUCGAUGACCACGCCUCUACGCUGGCAGUUGCCGGCGUUCUCGACACCGCCGUUGUCACCGCAGACGCCCGGCGCCUUCCUCCCUCUGCCAUGGAUUCGUCUGUGGCUGCUACUGUGUCCCCCGUUGUUUCGCACCUCGCCCGCCGACGUCGUCGCACUACGCCAAAGAGUUCAGCGACAGCUGCAGCACGAAGAGGAGGAGGCGCCGACGGCGUUUGGGGUGCCGACCACAGCAAACCACAGCGCAGUGCCGGUCGAAGCUAAAACGAUCGCAGCCGUCGCCACGAACAAGAGGAAGUCGGUUCAGGUGCGGCAAGCCUCACCAAAGAACACCCACCAGGUCGGCAGCGGCGCGCAGUCGAAAGCAGCUCAACGCACCGCUGGCGCACCUACUUCGUUGGGGGUCGCUGACCCACGCAUAGGCAGCCGCAACCGCGGCGGGAGCGUCACCAGCGCCAGCGCCGCUCCAAGCGACAAUCAGGACAAGGAGACACAACUUCAGCGGCGUCUGCAGCUGAGCAAAGAGCCAGUGUGCUUCUGGCUUCGAUGGUGUCUUCUCUUUACACCCUCGCCUCUUGUGCAGCCUCGGUCGAUCGAUUCGGACGUGCCAAGGAAGUCUUCAUCGGCCUUGCUGUUGUCUGCGCUUGAAUACGUCGUUAGAGGUUUGCGCUGCCCCAAGGCCGCGUGGAUUCAAGGGCCGCAGCGCAGUCCAGCGCCGUCGACGGAGCUUGUCUGUUUGCUUCAGCAUGCCUUUCCUCUUUACACCCCUGCGAACGUGGUGGCGGCAUUAAAGGUCCAAGCGCAGCUGUUUGUGGCGCGCGAGGUGGAUCUGCAGCGCGGAGUGGCGACUGAAACUCAGGCGGCAGCGGCUCCGCUGCCCAUGCCCGAGACUCUUGAAGGUCUCACCUUCGCCCCUUACUCCUUUGCCGCUGCACUGGCAUCUCUGCAGGAUGUGGUAAAGCACUCGCAGGUCGCAGCAGCAGCGUCCAUCCCGCCCCAUGAGCAAGACGUCUCUCGAGCCACGAUUUCCGGGUCACUAUCCGCGGCAGAUCCUCCUCAAUCAAAGCCAAAGCAGCUCGUCCCAUCACCGCCUUCUGUCGAGAACCGAAGUCGUAGCGUCGUCGGCGCUGCAACCGUCGCCACAGUCACUCAAUCAACCCAACGCAGUGGAACUCGCCGAUCGCCGUUGGUGGCAGCACGCGUUCUCUCGCGACGCGUCGCCGGCACGAGCGCCAAGUCCUCCGCUACAGACACAGCCACCGGUGAAGCCGAUUGUGGUAAAGUUGACAAGGCUGCGAAGUCUGCGGCUGCGGAUGGCAUGGAGCCCGAGGCCGCUGACUCCGCGACCGCGGAAAGCACCCGACGGACGUCUGCUAUCUGA